AUGAACCGUCUUGAGCUUCUAGAAGGUCCUGGUGUUGAAUGCGUUUAUUUGGAACAAGAAAGGCCAUGCGAUGAGAUCGGGAUUACGGACCUUUAUAUCCAGACGGGCCGUGACGGAUUUUUUCUUUAUGAUGCCUUUGCUCGUGCAUUAAGGCAGCACCAAAAUACUCUUGGACGCUUUAAAUUCACCGUGUUCAAUUACGUUGGAGAGCAAGAGAAUGACGACCAUCUCCAAGACAUCUACACUAUCGAGUACAGAUGGCUGAAGAAACUUGAUCUUUCGGUCCUAGGAGGAUGGAUCCCACGCAAUGCGCCUAUCCUGGAGGAGUUGAAGAUGACAGCAAAUACGAUAAGGGAACACAUGGCUGUACUUGAUACAAUACCACCCAAGUUGAAGACGCUCGAGUUACACCUUGAUGAUCAUUUUGGCCCUCGACACACAGCAUCCCUCGAACGAUACCUUCAGCGAUUUCCACGACACUGUCAGUUGAAGGAGCUUGUUAUUCAUUUCGCCAGCUUGAUAAACAUCACCAGUGUUCUCAAUGCCAUCCAUGGUCUUGAUCAGCUUCAACGCCUGAUGAUUAGCUUUACAGCACAAUGGGAUCAUCAUCAAAUGCAAAGGUUUAUUGAUGGGCUUGUCAAAGGAUGUCCAAAGUUGGCAUGUCUCGAGAUCAAAUGCUUCAACGCACCAUCGACACAUUCAAUGAACGCUUUGAAACAGCUUAAAUAUUUGGAGCGAUUAGCCUUCUCAAUCAAGGGCAUGGAUGGCGAUGAUGGCUUCUGA